AUGGGGCGAUAUAGCUAUAGCCAGCCGUCGUCAUCUGACUGUAAUGGCUAUCUGGUUGACGAAGAAUCUAGCCAGCCAUCCGAGUCAAGUGCUUACAACUAUGCAGACAGUGAACUUGAGUUGGGAUUCCCCAAGAAGUGUUAUUGUGGUGUUGAACCUAUCAUUGACACAUGUUACUCGAGGAAUGAUCCAGGAAGAAAGUUCUUCUCUUGUGGGAACAUAGACGAUGGCGAGUGCCAUAUAUGGAAGUGGUGGGAUGUUGCGGUGAUGGAGGAGAUGAGAGCAACUGAAACAAACUAUGGGAAGGUUGCAUCAAAGGUAGAUACUCUUACUCACUAUGAAACUGAGCUGAGCGAGAUCAAACACUUGAAGAAAGAAACUGAUGAGAAGAUCAACAAGCUAGAGAAGCUGCUUGCUGAGUUGAAUACGAAGAACAGAGUGUUCAUAUUCAGUUUGGAAUUGGUUCUUGGUGUCCUAUUAUGUUUGGUUGCUGUGCUAUGUCUGAUUAUGUUUAAAUAG